GGCACUGACUGGCAGCACUGCUAGGCAUUGACUGGUGCAACUGCUGGGCACUGACUGGCACAACCACUGGGCACUGACUGGCAGCACUGCUGGGCUGCACUGAUGGGCACAGGUGGGUGGCACUGCUGGGCACAGGUGUAUGGCACUACUGGUUGGCACAGGUGGGUGGCACUGCUGGGCACAGGUGGGUGCACUGCUAGGUAUAGGUGGGUGCACUGCUGGGCACAGGUGGGCGCACUGCUGGGCACAGCUGGGCAGAACUGGUGGGUGGCACUGCUGGGCACUGAUCAUCAGGGCACUAAUCAUCAGUACCCUGAUGAUCGGUGCCGAUCCCUGCUCUGACAACUGCCGUUUCUCGGCAGUACUUUCCUCACGCUCUGACAGCGUGAGGAAAGUGCAGCCGAGAACCGGCAAUUGC